CAGAGAGCGAGUAUCAGCAAAGCUUAUCUUCAGUUGAGUUUGUGUGUAAAAUGUACUAGAGUACCGCAGAGAAGACGCACCUCCCUCCGCCACAGGGCCACGGAGAGGCCGCGCGUGCGUCUGGAGAGCCGGUGUGUGCGGCUGUGCGCACGGGGAUGGAUCAGGGAGCUGCCGCGGGCACCGGAGGGACCUUCAUUUCCCUGAGCGACACUGAGCAGAGAUGUUACUCGGGGCUCUACGCGCUGUGCCAGCCCGACAGCACAGGCAAACUAGCGGCGGGGAAGGUGGCGGAGCUGUUCCGGGCGUCGCAGCUGCCGGCGGAGACUCUGCAUCAGAUAACUGAGGCGUGUGGCGCUAAGCGGCUAGGCUACUUCGGAUGUGGACAGUUCUACAUAGCUUUGAAGCUGUUGGCCGCGGUGCAGACUGGUCUGCCGGUACGUCUGGAGAGCAUCGCAGGAGAACUUCCUCUGCCUGUGUUUGUGGGAAUAAUGAAUGAGCCUGAGAUGCGUUACCCCAAUCAUACCUCGACCAAUGAGACUCAAAUUCAAGGCUUGGUUACAAGCUCCACCCCUCGUCCCCCUGCAGACAGACCUGUCGUCAGACACCCUGAUACCAGCAUGGAAAAACAGGAGGCGUGGUCUCCACCACAGUCACCUGGCAUCUCCCCGCCCCACUCGCCAUCAUCCUAUCACUGCUAUCCAUACGGUGCUCAAAGGAAUGGAGCAGAUGCACUACUGGGUGACCUGAGUGCUCCCUUUUACAGUGUGCUGCAACAGGAGUACACAGGGUUGGCUGGAAAGACAAGGAGUUCAGUCUUGGCUGGGUCAAGUUGCAGGUGGUGUGUUCCUUCAUCCAGGCCGAGAUGUCUGCCAGGCAGGCUGAAAUUCGAUCAGUCACUGUGGUGUCGUUGGGCUGGAAAGACAAGUAGAGUUGCGUGUCAUCAGCGUAGCAGUGCUUAUGAUGGUAAGUUGCUGAGUCGUUCCAGCGUUCCUCAGGAAAACUCAUCUCCCAGUCACUAUUCCAUCAAACUUCAGUCGGAGCAGCCUGCCAUCGCACGGGUUCCAUCUGUUGAGCAUUUGGUGGAGAGGAAUGAGAUUGAUUACUCAGACGACCCCUGGCGAAUAACAGAGGAACAGCGUGAAUACUACACCAACCAGUUCAAGAGUCUGCAGCCUGACCUCAGUGCUCUCAUAGUGGGGACUGUUGCAAAAAACUUCUUCACCAAAUCGAAGCUUCCCAUUCCGGAGCUGUCUCAUAUAUGGGAGUUGAGUGAUGUAGACAGAGAUGGCGCCCUCACUUUUCCAGAGUUCUGCAUUGCGUUUCAUCUGAUUGUGGCUCGUAAGAACGGCUACCCUCUUCCUGAAACACUCCCACUCACACUUAGACCGUGUUAUGUGAAACAGGGUGUGGUUACAGUGCCACCAUCUGAGGUGACUCAACCGCUGAUUGUCUUUGAUGACAAUAUGACGCCUAAAGCCAGUCAACUGGAAAUGAGUUCUGUUGACCUUCAGAUGACCCCUUUACCAGGUGUGUCCACUUCUAAACAUGACACGAGAGAAGAGAGUGGGAAUUCGGCAGAAUUCAGUCCAAAGAGACAUCCAGAUCCUCAAGAGAAGCCAAUACAGCAAUUCAGCACUUUAAAACCAGAUUCUCCACAAGAGCUUGAUGCAAAUAUGAAGUCAAGAACACGGCCCAGGUCGUAUUCCAGCACCUCUAUAGAUGAUGCCAUGAAAAAGGUGGAGGAACCGCCCACCCCUCCUCCCCGACCCCAGAAAACUCACUCCCGAGCCUCCUCGCUUGACCUCAACAAACUCCUCCAACAGAGCGGACAAGGCUGCAAAAGUGGUUGGUUGCUGCCUCCUCCAGCUCUCCCUCCACGACCUCCAGCCACACAGAUCAUCAACUUUCACCCUGGCUCAGACAAGAAGGCCGUGCAGCAGCCAAACUUUGCAGACUUCAGCAGGUUUAGGGAGGAGGAAACCAGUUCACCUCCUCAAACCAUAAGACCUGGGAUGAGAGGCAGUCCCAGCAUUGAAGAUCUAGCACCUUCUAAAAUGGAUUGUGCAGGGUUACUCCAAGGCCACGCCCCUCAGAAGCCAGUACGAAGAAAGCUCCACCCUGAAAGCCAGAGUGCCACGCCCCCCUCGGCCACGCCCUACUCUGCUGCCACACUGACCAAAUCUACACAGAGGUUGCCUCCCAAACAGAAGAGAGAGAUCCAGAUGGCCAUAAGAAAGAACAGAGAAACCAACGCAGUCCUGACUCGCCUCAACAGUGAACUUCAGCAACAGCUAAAGGUUGUGCAUCGGGAGCGAGUUACUUUGGAAUCCCAGUUGGAGUUACUGCGGCCCAUGGCAUCAACCUGACCCAAAACACACACACACACUCUUUCUAUUUUGUCUUUCUACGCACACAUCUUUCAAUAUGACGAUGGCAAAACCGUAUUUAGUACGAAACCAGGGGCUAUAAUACAGUCACAUGAUAGGAAGCUCACUUUAAGUGACCAAACAUUUGGGAUGCCACAAACAUUGUCAAAAACACAGGUAGAGGAUUCACCUACAUACAGGAGGAGAACAAGAAGAAUUACACAAAGUUUGUUCUGUCAAAAACAGAACAGUUUGUUAGCUUGUUUGUUUGUUCCAGCCUGUUUUUACAGCAAAAUUAUCUAAGUAUCAGUGAAACAAGAUAACUGUACUUGAGAAGCAAUAUUGUUUAAGAUAAUACGCAUUGUUUUCAGAGAGUAUAUCUUGAAAGAAUUGUGUUUUUCUACCAUAUUGGUUAAAUCGUUUAUUAUUAGUUUUGUUUUAAAUAACUUUUAAUUUAGUGAUAUGUAUGCCUAAAACAAGAAAACAAAUUAUUUGCCAAUGAGAUAAGACAAGUUUACUUAAUUCAAGAUGUAUUCUCUAAAGUAAAUAUAAAUUGUUAUUGGAUAUUUCUAAAUUUAUUUGGGGAAAAAAGACAAAAAACUAAAUGAUAUUUUUGCAGUGAAAAGCUUUGAGUGAUCAAAGAUGAACUUUAUUCCAGAAAACUGGAAUCUAUGGAUCUAUUUUUGUGCUUUGUUGGACAACUAUACUAGCGCAUCAUGAAAUAAUAACCGUAAUUUAAUUAACGUGAAUGUGUUUGAGGCCAUUCCCGUUUCACCAAGAAUAAGCUUAAUAAUGGUGAUUCUCACACAGACAUGUUUAGGUCACAUUUUUCACCCCAAAAUCAAAAGGAAAAAAAAAAAAAAAGAAGAAAAAAUGAUUCUCUAAUUAUUUGUAAGAUUUGUUGCAUUGACAUUAAUUUCAUGACAAUCAAGAACAUCAUGAUUCUGAAUUUUUCCCCCAUUCCAUUAUUCUCAGUGGUGAUUCUCACUAGAUUCACUGUACAGUAAAAAAAUAAAUAAAAAAUGUGUAAGAAUGUUUUUAAAAUUAAAAUCUGCAUAAACUGCAUACAUUUUAACAUGAUGUAUAAAUACUCUCUAAUUUAAAUAAUCAUUAUACAUAAUAUAUAAUCGUAAA